AGUGCAGGGCAGGGUGGUAGAGGUGGGAGUUAGGAGCGAAGUUGAACUAUGAUUAGAUAAGAACCUGGAUGUCACACUCUGAGAUUUGUUGGUGAAAACAGCAAAACGAGGAUUUGGAGGAGGGGAGAGACUCUGAGGACUUGAGGGUGCAUACUCUGCUGAUGACAUUUCUUUGCAAGAGUGGCUUGGUCUUUAGUAAAUUCCUGUAAUGAACAAUCAAACCAUUUCCAGCCUGGGAAGAGUAAGAAGGGGAAAACAAAAGCUAAUGAAGACAAUGGAGAGUCAAGCUGAUGCAGAAGGGCCAAUGAUCAAGGAGCCCCAGAUGCCAGACAAGGACACCAAGGCCACAGUGGGUAUAGAAGCCACCCCUGGAGACACAGCCAGCCCAGACCCUCGAGAAUUUCGGCGUCGUGUGUUCCAUGACAUCAAGUUCUUCGUCCUGUGCCACAGUCUGCUGCAGCUGGCACAGCUCAUGAUCUCUGGAUACCUCAAGAGCUCCAUCUCCACAGUAGAGAAACGCUUCGGUCUCUCCAGUCAAACUUCUGGGCUGCUGGCUGCCUUCAAUGAGGUGGGGAACACAACCCUGAUUGUGUUUGUGAGCUAUUUUGGCAGCCGGGUGCAUCGGCCCCGACUGAUCGGCUGUGGGGCUGUCCUGGUGGCUCUGGCAGGGCUGCUCAUGAGUGUCCCACACUUCAUCUCCGAGCGGUACCGCUAUGACCCUGAGCAUGUGUUGCAGGACUCCCAGGCUUCCCUGUGCCUACCCAGAACCCCAGUCCCAGAGCCAGUCCCCCCUAAUGGCAGCUGUUCCAGCCACACAGAGACCCAGCAUCUGACUGUGGUGGGCAUUAUGUUCAUGGCCCAGACCCUGCUCGGCGUGGGCGGGGUGCCCAUCCAGCCUUUUGGCAUCUCCUACAUUGAUGACUUUGCCCACAAUAGCAACUCACCCCUCUACCUGGGGAUCCUUUUUGCAGUGACCAUGAUAGGGCCAGCCUUGGCCUAUGGGCUGGGUAGUGUCAUGCUGCGCCUCUAUGUGGACAUUGACCAAAUGCCACCAGGUGGUGUCAGCCUUACCCCUAAGGACCCUCGAUGGGUGGGUGCCUGGUGGCUGGGCUUCCUCGUUGCAGCUGGCACAGUGGCCCUGGCUGCCAUCCCCUACUUCUUCUUCCCCAGGGAGCUUCCCAAGGAAAAGCAGGAGCUCCACUUCUGGCAGAGGGCCUUAGCGUCUGCAUCCUCACCCACCUGCAGAGAUGUGGUCUCACCCUCUGAACAGAGCUCCAAGGAGUCCCAGGAGAAGCAGAAUGGCUUAGCCCAGGUGGCACAGAACCUGACUGUGAUUCAAUUCAUCAAAGUCUUCCCCAAGGUGCUGCUGCGGACCCUGUGCCACCCCAUCUUUCUGCUGGUGGUCCUGGCGCAGGUGUGCUUGUCAUCCAUGGUAGCGGGCAUGGCCACCUUCCUGCCCAAGUUUCUGGAGCUCCAGUUUUCAGUCACAGCAUCCUUCGCCAACCUGCUCAUCGGCUGCUUCACCAUCCCAUCAGCCAUUGUGGGCAUAGUAGUCGGCGGCAUCCUGAUCAAGCGCCUCCACCUCGGUUCCUUACGCAGCAGCAUCCUUUGUCUGCUGGGGGCGCUGCUCUGCCUACUUCUCAGCUUGCCACUCUUCUUCAUGGGCUGCUCUACCCACCAGAUUGCAGGCAUUUUCCACCAUCCUGGCACCCAGCCUGAACUGCAGCAGUUUCUAGACUGCAUGAAGCCCUGCUCCUGCCCCUCAGAUGACUUCAACCCUGUCUGCGAUCCUGUUACCCGAGUGGAGUACCUCACACCUUGCCAGGCAGGCUGCACAGGCCGGGGGCUUCAGGAGGCAGCAAACAAGAGCCAGGUUGUCUACAGUAAUUGCAGCUGUGUGCCAAGAGGCAGUCCUAUGCUAGAGGGCUCCUGUGAGUCAGCCUGCAGCCACCUGGUACUGCCCUUCAUGCUCCUGGUCAGCCUGGGGGCUGCCCUGGGCAGCCUCACUCACACACCCUCCUUCAUGCUCAUCCUCAGGGGAGUGAAGAAAGAAGACAAGACACUGGCUGUAGGCAUUCAGUUCAUGCUGCUGAGAGUACUGGCCUGGAUGCCCAGCCCCGUGAUCCAUGGCAUCGCCAUUGACACCACCUGUGUGCACUGGGCCAAGAGCUGUGGGCGCCGGGCUGUUUGCCGCUACUAUGACCACUACCUGCUUCGGACCCGGUUUCUUGGUCUCCAGUUCUUCUUCAAGAUGGGCUGUCUCAUCUGCUUCAUCUUGAUCCUGAUCAUCUUAAGGCAGCAGAACAAAGAGGAGGAGGCCAAAGGGGCCAUAGCUAGCCCUGGCCCACAGCAGCAGCAGCAGCAGCAGCAGCCAUUCAUAUUGGGAGCAGAGAGGAAGUCAGAGGAGUCCCGGAUCUGAAUCACCUGAGUGAGGGCUAGAGAGGCGGCUGCAGCAUGGGCCUGGAAAGAUUUCUAUUCCAAUUCUGACUCCUCCAGUCACUUGCUGUGUGGUUUUGGACAUGUCACUGACCCUCUCUGGGCCUUUGCUUAUCUGAACCAAGGAAGCAUUAUGUUUUGCUGUGAUAGCUACUUCAAAAGUAAAUGAGUUCACCUCCUUCCUCAUCCUGACCAACCAGCUGGCCUGAAACCAGGCUUUUCCCUGAGAUUGUAGGGCAGAGGAGUGGGCAAUGAUAAUCCAGGCAGCACUCUAUACCUGGUGGCUCAAAUCCUGCACUGCCACUCACCAGUAGUUCCUAAGGGCUCUGGCCACCUCAUUUGUCUGGUGGAAAUGGAGUUACUAUCAAGCAUUUUUCCAGCUGUGACCGUGUGCAUGUUUAGAAUGGACUCAUGGGAGUGAGGUCAGAGUGGCCUCUGUCUAGAAGUGGCCAUUUGGCGCCCCCCAGAGGCAGAGACCUGAGCAGACUUGAGAGGCAACCCCCAGGGAGGACAGAACUGGCUUCACUGGAAUAUGCCUGCCUGAUGAGUCACCUAAUAAGAGUUAAGGAGAGAGAACCAGUCCCUGGACUCAGGAAGCCAUAGUUAGAGGGAGGUCUAGUUUCUGCCCCAGGGGCUCUGGUCUGGACGAGACCUAAACCUCACUUGGGCAUUCUCUCACUUCCAAGGCAAACACAGUCCACGCUCGCUGGCACCUAUGCGUGACCAAGGUCUCACAUAUCUGACCAGGGUCCACUUCAGUCACUGUGGCUUUUUCUGACUAGAAUCAGCAUCUCCUAUCAGGAAUUUGACUCAGUGUCUCCUGAAACUGUGGACAUGUCGCCUAGGCUUGUGACACUCUCAUCAGGGAGUCACUAUGUUGGCUCAGGGCCAUUCUUUAUAAGACGGCAAUGCUGGGAGCAGUGAUGCCAGCUCCCUGGAAAGCCGCAGCCUGAGAUAUCUCUCUCUGCAGGUCUGAGAUAUCUGAGAUAUCUUCUCUCUGGCAGGUCUCAUUUGAUGGGCAUUACUAUUGGACAUGGUUAUUUUCCCUGCAAGAUGGAGAGUUUCUUGAUAUUCCACUAGGUCAUUCUGUGUCCACCACAUACACCAUAUCUAACUGGGACCUUCUACUUGGGAGAUAGUGGGGAAGCCCCUGAGCAGGACCUCCCAAGUCCAUGUUAGGUUCUGUGCUGGGGAGCCUGGAGGAAGCUAGGGAGUGGAGACCUGACAUUCCUGCCCUCUGAGCUAUCCCAAAUGAAAAAGGUGAUCCAGAGAUUCUAAUUCCCAUUGUUGUGAACCAGUUUUUUAAUACUUUCAAAUAUUUAACACAUAUCUGAGCCUGUAUUUAUCAAUGCCAAGAAUUUCAGUCUCCUCCAAGAUAAGGCUAUUCGUAUGCUUCCAUUCCUGGUCUUCCCUUUCCCAUCCCCACCUUUCUACCCCCCCACCCCAUUUCCCAGGUUUUGCAGAAAUAAUUCAGAAUUAUAGGCACAGCUUAUUAUUAAAUUUGUUCUUGCAUAAUGUCUCCUAAUGUCUCUCCUAUGAUAAAAAAUUCUUACAAACUGUAUUAGUGUUUGCAACAACCACAUAAUUUACAGUUAUUUAGAUCUGGCUUGUACUGUGCUCAUUACUUGCCAUUAUCUGUUGGAUAUUACAUUUUCCUAGCUGUGCAUUCUGGUCCAGUUUCCAUUUGGCUAGGCUACUUCCUCUAGUAAUGGUUUCAGAAAUGGAAUAAGGUCACUGGCUUUUUGAAUCCUCA